GCCACACCGGGCCACAGCCUACAGAGCUUGACAAACCUAGCUCAUCUAGGUGGUUUCGUAUGCCUUCCAUUGCCUCCCAUCACUCGUGGCAAACGAAGCCAAGUGUCAAUGAAAUAUACCCACAAACUCUCUCGGGCCGGUCACCCUUUAAGCAUCUGUUCAUUGGAUAUCGUUCAAGUUCCUGCCCCUCGACCUUCAACGUCUGAUCUGUUAGAUCCUGAAAGACCUCAUCGAGCUGCCCCGGGCAGGCACAGGACUCUGACCGCGCAACUAUCACGUUCAUCCUGGUAUUUUUGGUACGCGUACAUAUUAUUUUUGGUCAUUACUUCGUGCCCUAUCAAGUGUUUUUGCUGCGCGUGUCUUACUGAGCUGAGCAUACAAGUUGACAGGUUUCCUUGGUCUCGGUGGCCGUCGCUUAUAUGGCUUUGCCCGUUUGGCUUACCCAGUUUCAUGGGCAGCGUUUGCUAUGCCCCCCUACACUGAGCGGCCACUCGAUUUACUCGCGAUCGUGACCGCGUUUUCUAAGAUAAAUAAUAUUCUUGAUGAGUUGCUUCCCAUUAUGUAUGAAAGCCACUCAAGCCACCCGCCACAGCCUUGUGGAAGAAGCUUGUGGAUUGGCGUAGGCAAUUCAUUUUUGCCACCGUUAUCUGUCCCAAGAUAAUCUCCGCCAACAAAUGGCUAGCAGUGGAUUGGAUGGCAUGGCGCAUGCUCCUUAAGACCUCGGUCUCCAGGCGCGGAAGACGUCAGGACCUGUCAGAACUGACUAUAGAACACUUAGAAGCACUAUAGAGUUAUGAUUGCUGGACAACAAACUUGAAGUAACUGACAUACGCGGAAAAAAAAUUGACAUGACUAUAUACAC